AUGUCCAGUACAAGACCCGACUUGAAGUUCACAGACACCGUGGACGAGCGGCUGUUCUACCGGCGGUUUGCCAAUUUGCCGCCCAAGGAGCCGAACGUGGUGAGGAUCGUGGACCAUAAGGACUAUUUUUCAGCCUUGGAGGAGGACGCGGAGCUUAUUGCUGAUGCCAUCUAUAAAACACAGCUGGUGGUGAAGACGUCGAAUGGGAAACGGUACGUGACGAUUCUGCCGCAGGUGUUUAGCCUGGUUUUACGGUUUUGCGUGGUGGAAAACAGCCAUAAGGUGGAGGUGUACCUGAAGCAGUUUGCGUUGGUGGUGACGGCCACGCCAGGUAACUUGGAGGGCUUGGCUUUGGAGUAUGGCAUUGACUUGGAGAGCAUGCUUCGGGACGGCCUGACGCCGAUGGUGGCGCUGGUGAAGUUUACGGCUGGCGCUGGAUCGAAGAAGGUCGGCGUGUGUAUGGCUGAUUUGCUGAAUAAGGCGUUGAAGGUGCUGGAGUUUGACGAUAACGAUCUUUUUUCGAACUUGGAGUCGUUGUUCUUGCAGGUGAACGUGAAGGAGGUGCUUGUGCCGAGCUCGUAUUCGGACCAGGAGGGGUCUGCGGAUGUGAUUAAGCUCUUCCAGGUUCUUAACAAGAUUGGCUCUUUGGUGGUUUCGCCAGUGAAGCUGUCUACAUAUACGGCUAAGGAUAUUGACCAGGAUUUGUCCAAGAUCGUCACGGCUGAAAAUAUCGAUGCCGACGCUACAAACAACGUGGAACUCAUUCUUGCGUCUAAGGGUAUCAACCUGGCUGAAUAUUCGCUUUCCCUUGGCUGCUGCAACUCCUUGAUCCAUUACCUCAACUUGCUCGGCGACGAUCUGGCCUCGUUUACCAUUGACAAGUAUAAUCUUAACACUUUCAUGAAGCUUGACUCGUCUACCAUGAGAGCACUCAAUAUCUUCCCUGCUGCCCUGGCGCUUCCUGUUGCAGGGCCCAAACCGUCCACUGUGGCUUCGAUUUUUGAUCUUUUGAACAAGUGUAAGACGGCAUCAGGUACAAGAUUGCUUUCUCAGUGGCUCAAACAGCCACUCACUGAUAUAAACGCCAUUGCAGACCGUCACGCUUUGGUGGGCCAUUUCAUCAACGAUACCAACCUACGCGUGUUUGUCUCGCAAGAAUGGCUUUCACAAGUCCCAGAUGUGAAGCGUUUGCUUAAGAAGAUUGCCAAUGGUGUGAAGAAAGUCACUGGCGCUGAAAAUAAGAAGUUGGAGGAUGUGGUGAGACUUUACCAGCUCGUUACCGUCUUGCCAGAGCUCAUCAACAUGUUGCAGAUGGCUACGGACGAUGCCAAGACGGAUACACUUAGGAAGCUCUUGAAGGACGAAUGGUUGGACCCACUUACAAAGAACCAUACUUCUUUGGUGAAGUUCCAGGAAUUGGUCGAGACCACUAUUGACCUCUCGCCUCUUGAAUCGUCAUCUUCCCAUGACCUUCUCCAUACCGACUUCAACAUCAAGCCAGAGUUCGAUGAGCUGCUUAUUACUAUCAACGACAACCUCCAGGACACUAUAAAGAAGAUCAAGCAGAUCCACGAAGAAGUUGCAGACGACCUCAGCAUUGAUAUCGAGAAGAAACUCAAGCUAGAAAAGCACCAACAGCACGGCUGGUGUUUCAGAGUGACCCGUAUUGAUUCGGCCAUUUUGAGAAACACUGGCGACCGUUACAUUGAGCUUCAGACCGUCAAGGCUGGUGUUUUCUUCACCACCAAGAACCUUCGUAAAUUGUCUGAGAAGUAUAACGAGUACUCUGACGAGUACAACUCGAAACAGAAGGAGUUGAUUAAGGAGAUCUUGUCGAUCACAUUGACAUACCAGACAGUCUUCUUACGUUUGUCUCUUGUCAUAAGCCACAUUGAUGUGAUCUCUUCGUUUGCCAACGUCGCCAUUUUCGCUCCUACGCCAUUCACGAAACCAAAGUUGCAUCCUGUUGCCGAAUCUGCUGAUUCUGAGGAAUUCAAGGCCAGAACCGUCAACCUUAAGGAUGCUAGACAUCCCGUUUUGGAGCUUCAAGAAGAUGUCAAUUUCAUCUCCAACGACGUCAACAUGGGCAACGGCGACGACGGUAAAUCGUUUGUCAUUAUCACUGGUCCUAACAUGGGCGGUAAAUCUACAUAUAUCCGUCAAGUCGGCGUGAUUGCACUUAUGAGUCAGGUUGGUUCCUACGUUCCUGCUUCUGAAGAUGGCUCUUCGCCUGAAGUGCCUAUCUUUGACGCUAUCUUGUCUCGUGUGGGAGCAGGUGACUCCCAGCUCAAGGGGUUGUCUACAUUUAUGAUUGAGAUGUUGGAGACAUCGUCGAUUCUUGCUACUGCUACACAUAACUCUCUCAUUAUCAUUGACGAAUUGGGCAGAGGUACAAGCACAUACGAUGGAUUCGGAUUGGCGUGGUCGAUUUCCGAACAUCUCAUCAGCCAGAAGAAGUGUUUCACUCUUUUUGCUACGCAUUUCCAUGAACUCACAAAGUUAUGUGAAAAGUACGAAGGUAAGGUCCAGAACCUCCAUGUUGUGGCCCAUAUUGAAAAGAAAGGAGGCGAAGAGGAAGUCGUUGAUGACGAUAUCACGUUGAUGUACAAGGUUGAGCCAGGUAUUUCAGAUAAGUCGUUUGGUAUUCACGUUGCAGAGCUUGUGAAGUUCCCUACGAAGAUCAUCAAUAUGGCCAAGAGAAAGGCGUCAGAGCUUCAGAACUUGAAUGCUGGUUCUGAUGCCGAUCCGUAUGUGAGCAGCAAGAGAACGAAAUGCUCCAAUGACGAGAUCAGCGUUGGCGUGGAGAAACUUAAAAAGAUCCUUCUUUCGUGGAAAGACGAGUGCAUCGAUCCAGAAACGAAAAAGUGCAAGGUUUCUUCCGAAGAGGCCGUGGCUUCAUUGAAACAGCUCGUUGACGGCAAGUACGGCGACGAGCUGAAGAACGAUAAGUUCAUACAAGAGGUGCUUACGAUGUUGUAA